AUGACGUCGUUGGAUGCUUCUUUGCCUCUAUCUGGCAGCGCCUGUGUGCGCAAGGACAGGUCGAGAUCAAGGUUCAGUGUAUACAAGAUAGACGUUUCAACUCAAUCAAACCAUUGGUGUGUCUUCAGACGUUACAGUGAAUUCUUCGCUCUCAAUCAGAAAUUGAUUAGAGUACAUGGAAUAGCGAGAGAUCUGUUGCCUCCAAAGAAACUGACGGGCAAUCUGACGGCCGCUCACAUUGAGACGAGAAGAGAAGCAUUAGAGAGAUACUUACAGAAACUUGUUAAUAUGUUGAAUAUGUUGUUGUGUCUUGUGGCUUAUGAUAAUUUUGUUUCAUUUGUCAUUCGUAGUGAUCAUCACAUUGCAGCAUCUCAUGAACUCUCAGUAUUUCUUGAUGUCUACGAACAUGAUGUAUGUGCUGUGAUGAAGAAACUUGCACACCAUUUCUAUCUCUACGGUGACGAGCUGCUGGAGAAGAAGAUUGGAUUUUGUGCGACACCAGACCAACUCUAUUGUAUAACCAAACAACUGAAAUUACCCGUCUACAAGUCAGAUGCUGUAGAUGCCAGUUAUGAUGUCGGUCACGUGUACAGUUUUGUUUAUAAUGUUACACAUGUGACCGUCUCAUCGGCUAUUCGACCUCUCGCUGUCAGCAGCAUGAGAUAUGAUUUGUCACUAUUCAAGUCUUUAGCAGUCUUGAAGAUCAGUUGUUGUGACUUGUCACUCAUUGACGGUCUCAGCACUUUACAGAGUCAACUAACUCACAUGUCAGUACACAAGUCAUUGAAAUCAAUGCAGGAAUUGUUUGUUGAUUGUGUCAUAGCAAAACGGACGUCUGUGCCAUCUCAAUCAGCUUCCACGUUUGAACGUUGGCGGCGAACAUCUCACGGCAAACUGAUCGCCAGUCGGCAUGUGCUUCAACCAUGGAGAUCUCUACAAGUUGUCAACGUCAGCCACAAUUGCAUCAAAUCUCUUGAUCAGUCACUAGAUCUCAUGCCUCAUGUGAGACAGAUGAGUGUGAGUCACAAUGACUUGGAACAGUUAGAUUUCCAGCAGUUGAGUCAAAUGUCAUUGGUCAAACUAGACGUUUCAUUCAAUACUCUCAAGCUGCUGCCGUCCAGUAAACAGAACAUAAAUUCAAUAAAAGAACUUGAUCUCAGCAACAACAGAAUUAACAAGCUAAUAGGUUGUGAGAAUCUUGUUAAUCUCGUUCAUCUCAAUGUGAAGAAUAAUCUUCUCACUCAUGUAAAUGAACUGAAUUGUUUGUCAAAUCUUGCUCAUUUGUCAGACUUGGUGGUUGCAGGAAAUCCGUUUGCGAGGGGAAUGUUGCAUAGGGCAAGUGUGUUUGCUAGAUUGCAUCUUGUUGCUAGACAGUUAACUUUAGAUGGCUACAAGAUGUCACGAAGAGACGAGUCGAAAAUCCGUUGUCACACGUCUGUCUCUCCUCCACAUCAUCUCAUCUCAAACACGUCAUCAUCCAGACCCCAUCACUCUCGCUCGUUAUCCGUCCCGACUUCGUGUGCAACACACAACAUUCAACAACCAACAGCGAGUGUCAAACCGUCAUCUCAAACGGUCGAAAACAGACAGACAAAACGAUCGACAGCUGCACUGACUUUACUAGAGAAGACAGAAAUGAAUGGACUUGACGUCAUGACGGAUUCAUGCGUGUCACGUGACUUGAGUGACACUGAGACAUUGGGGGAUGAGAGUGAGCAUAACACCCGAUCAUCAUCGACACUUCAUUCUCCAUCAACGUCUUAUAGUUUGGCUUCUGCUCAUCGAAGACAUGCCCACACACCAGAGGAAGGAAAUGAGUUGAGAACACGGUCAUCGACUGCAUCUCCACACACCGUGGCAGUCCCUCAUUGCCAUGUUGAUAUCAAUGAUUUGAGUCAGGGUGGACGCAAUUCUCUGAGUCAAUUGUCGUCUCUUUCUGGUGAAAAUCUGAGUGAGAGAGAGGGUUAUGAGAUGAGAAAGAGUGGAGCAAUUUGAGCACAUGUUGACUAGAUGAGUGACGAUGCAUGCGGGUCUUGCAGUCAAUCGGGUCAGCACAUGCACACACAAUAGAUCGUCACAUUGCAUAGAGGUAGAGAUGAUUACUCGUUUUUAAUCGACAGAUUUAUGUGAUUGUUUUAGCACUCAGCAAUAAAUAUUUUGUCUAAUUAAUAAAAAUUUUGUUUGGAGUGACA